GGUUUGGAACAAGUGAAGGGUGAAAAAUCGAUGACAGAAGGCUCGGUUUUGGGUGAACUACCCAUUUAAAAGGAAGUGCGACAUAAAUCAUAACAUGAUUGGUGUGGAAGUUAAUCGUAAAUAUAGGAAUAUUAUAAUUGACUUAGAAUAGAAUAAAAAGUCAAACAUGUUUGGAACAAGUGAGAAAACGCUGACAGAAUGUUCAGUUUUGUGUGAACUACCCCUUUAAAAGAAGAUGUGACCGACAUCAUCAUAACAUUUGGACACUUCAGUCAGCAGCGGAGGAGCUCGUAUUCGUCCGCGUGUCCAGACGCCGAGCCGGAAUGUUUGUUUUCUGGUUUCUAAGGGGUGGAGCGAGCCUCUGCUCCUCACUUCUGCACUUCUCCAUGUGUGUUUUCCCUUGCACUUCAUUUCUCCAUCCUCCCUGCUGACGUCCGACUUCCGCAUUCCUCGCUUUUCCCGAUCGGGGGGAUCAGGGAUCAGAGCUGAUGCAACGAUUCCCGCUUUUUAAGAUAUACUCGCGACCCCAGGCUGACGUCACAAAGGGACUCCACUCGCUCACCUCGAGGCCGAAGUCAGCUGUGGUCGCGGGUGUUUGUGACAUGAUGCCCGGUCAGAUCCCGGACCCCUCAGUGACGGCGGGCUCUCUGCCCAGUUUGGGCCCUCUAGCGGGCAUUUCUGCCACCACACUCUCUGAACACCUGAAAUAUGCAGACCUCUGCCACAUUGGGGCCAUGCUGUCCCCGUUACAUCUACUGGGAAAACUGGGCAAGCGGACACUCCCGAUCAAAGCGGAGUGUGCGAAUCUGGCACAGUGCCAUUUACUCUCAUCACCACACAGCAGUGGCUCCAUCUAUUGGACAGACACUGACUGAUUCUGAGAAAGAAAGUGCUGGAUCUUUAUACUGUACUGGAGAUACAGAAAACCUUAAAAAAGACACAAUAAUAAUACAAACAAAUCAAGGUAACAUUUUAGAGCGAAUCUAACACAUAAACAACUUGCUAACAAUGGCCCUUAGCUCUCUGCUAAUUGCGCUAAAAUGACAGAUUUAUAAACAUUCAUGUUUUUUUUACAUUACAUUCACUUGGUUUCUUUAAGUUGAAUGUUAGUGAUAAUAGUAGUGUAUCAGUAGUGACUCUUGUAAAUCUUAGUGUAAAUUAAUCUUGCUAAUGAAAGGCUAUGAAUAGCUCUGUUUAGAGGUGAGAAAACAGCUAAUGCUAAUGUAGCCUGACUGAAUGAUAUUUAGUGAAUUACUCUUCAUUGUAUCCCACAGCUCUAGUUAUUAUAAGUCAAUCCUGACAAAGACUCAAAUAGGUUACACAAACAUUUUGUAAUCACCAUCAGUCCAGGGUUUCUUUUGACAUAAUCCGCAGAAAGAGAGAGAGAGAGCUGAAAGACCAGCAGUGAGGGUUAUUUGCAGAUAAAUAUAACUAUACUUUCCUCCAUGUCGCAAACAAUCUUCAGAAAUGUUUAAUGGCUUUCAUGUGGAAAAAUCCUGUAUAAUAUUGGGAUUUUUUCAAAGUCGCUUUCAUUUUAUAAAAGCAAUAAGUCUCCUUUUUUAAAAAAAUUCCUGACGUUAAAAUAGGACCCAAAUCCCAGUGGUUUUGAGGCCCACUGCAACGUGAUGUAGGAGUGUGGUUUUCCCCGCCUACCAUUUGAUUGACAGACGCCAUGUUUCUAUAAUAACAUCUAUACACACGUCCACAGAACCUUUUCUGCAAAUAAACUGGGAUUCAAAUAUUUGCUACAA